AUGCGGGUAACAUUCGAAAUUGAGGAAGGCAAGCCCCCUGGCACAAUAGUGGGGACCAUUCCCACGAAACCUAAUUUUACCUACCGGUUCAACGAAAGACCGCCCGAGUUUAUUUUGAAUGGUUCGACAGGUGUUAUAACAACUGCUAUGGAAAUUGAUCGAGAAGCUCUCAAUAAUGAACGGUUCGAUCUUGUGAUCUUGAGUAGUUCCCCAACAUAUCCGCUGGAAGUUAGAAUAGUCAUUUUGGACAUCAAUGAUAACUCUCCCUCUUUUCCCGAGCCUAGUAUACAAGUUGCUUUCUCAGAAAGUGCAAAUAUAGGAACUAGAGUGAUUUUAGACACAGCAAAUGACAGAGAUGUCGGUAAAAACGACGUAAGAACUGAUUAUCGUAUUGUUUCAGGGAACGAUGACGGAAAAUUUAGAUUAGUUGUAACAACUAAUCCCAGUGGAGAAACGCCGUAUUUACACCUAGAAACAACUGGACGAUUGGAUAGAGAAACUAAAGCUUUUUAUUCUCUCAAUAUUUCUGCGCAAGAUGGAGGAGUACCCCCACGUUUUGGCUUCUUGCUUUUGAACAUCACCAUUUUAGAUGUGAACGACAAUCCGCCAAUGUUUGCCCAUAGCGACUAUUCUGUGAGUUUGAAUGAAAGUGUAAAACCUGGUUCUUUUGUUCUACAAGUUCGUGGAACUGAUAUCGACAUUGGAGAUAAUGGCAAACUCAGUUAUUAUUUAAGCGAUAAUGAAAGCCAGUUUACUAUUGAUCCUCAGACAGGUAUUAUUACGACGUUAGAAACGUUAAAAUGUCAACAAAACUGUCCAACACAAGGAAAAUGUCCCAAAAGCUGUGUUUUUACUGUAUUUGCUCGGGAUCAUGGUUCACCACGACAAGACGGAAGAGCGUAUGUUACGGUCAAUCUGUUAGAUGCUAAUGAUCACGAUCCAAGCAUAAGAUUUCGAUUUUUCCCAUCCACUGCUAAUUACGCAACUGUUGAUGAAAAUACACAGAACGGUUCAGUUGUUGCCGCAGUUAGUGUAAUCGACUUGGACGAGGGCUCUAAUGGGGAAACACUUGUAGAAAUUGAAGGGGGGAAUGAACUGGGACAUUUUCGUCUUGAAUCCACUCCGAGCUUUGACAUAGUUCGAGUAAACGGUGUUCUUGACAGAGAAAAAAUUAGCAAAUACAAUUUGACAAUCACUGCAAUAGACCGCGGUAUACCAAGCCGAAGUUCCACAGCUCAUUUAAUAAUCCAUGUAAAUGAUGUAAAUGACCAUGAGCCAAUAUUUGAAAAGAACGAAUAUUCAGCUGUUCUUAGCGAAAUGGUCCCAGUAGGCACCUACGUUGCAGGAAUUAGCGCUACUGACGAAGACACAGGAGUAAAUUCUGACAUUUACUACGCUAUCGUCUCUGGUAAUGACAAGCGUUGGUUCGAUAUUGAUGCACACACUGGAUUAGUAACAACAUGUAAUCCAUUAAAUAGGGAAGAUCAAGAUUUUGUUGAGCUCAAAAUUUCAGCUAGAGAUGGAGGUCCAAAUCCUCGUUGGCAAUACACCUAUCUUAGAAUUCAAAUUCUUAAUGAAAAUGAUGAAGCCCCAUCCUUUGCUGAACCUAUCAUCAAUGUUACAUUGAUUGAAAGUGCACCUCCAAAUUCUCUAAUAACUGUAGUAACUGCCGUUGAUAAUGAUCUUGGAACUAAUGGAAGUGUUGAGUAUUUGUUUCAUCCAGAGGUAGAACGACUUUAUCCAAAAAAGUUUUUUCUAGAUUCAACAUAUGGUAGAUUGACUCUCAGAGAAGAACUUGAUAGGGAUGCGGGCCAGGAUAUGUAUGAAUUAGUUGUCAUCGCUAAAGAUCAAGGAACUCCAUCACUUUCUUCUACACUAACAGUUAGAAUAACAUUAAUUGACGUUAACGACAAUAAACCUUAUUUCUACCCGAAACAAUAUUUUUAUGCCUUGAAACCAACUGAUAAACCAGGAACAAUCGUUGCUAGUUUAAGUGCAAUUGAUGCAGAUGUGGGAAAAAAUGCUGAAGUGUUAUUCAAUAUCGUUAGCGGCGGCAAUGGUAAAUUUGAAAUUGACGAAUCAACAGGAGUAGUGAAGACCAAAGCUCACAUCAAUAAACGUGAAAUGUCUAAAUAUGAAAUAAUUGUUUCAGUUCGUAAUACUGAUGACCGUAAAAUGUCAGAUGAAGCAGUGAUUUAUAUUUAUGUUGAUGAGAGAGAUAAUGAGUAUAGAACUGUAGAGUUUGAUCAUAGUAAAGGUUACAGUUUCAUAAUUGACGAAGAUAACAAAAAUUUACAGCCAAAUUUAGGAAGAGAAGUUGGAAGAAUAUCAGUGAGUAGAUCUGUUAGAUCCGGUGUAAAAUAUUCCAUUACUAAAGGUGAUCCCAAUGGCAUAUUUCAAAUUGAAGAAUCAACCGGAAUCAGUACUACAGUGCGUAUAAUUUCGAGUAGGGCUGUAGAUAGAGAAGUUCAAUCAAAAUUUUAUCUAACAGUAGUGGCCUAUGACUUUUUGGGAUUUGCAGAAACAACUGUCAAUAUAACUGUAGCUGACUUGAAUGAUUUUACACCUACAUUUGAAUAUCCGAGAGGACCAAUUGGAGUAAAAGAAGACUGGCCAGUCGGACAUGAAGUUUACUUAGUAAAAGCUCACGAUUUGGACAUGGGUCCCAAUGGAAGAAUAGAAUUUGCAUUAAAUUCAGCACAAGCACAUAAUACAUUUUACAUUGACAAAAAUUCUGGAAUGCUUUACUUAAAUAGACCAGUUAGAUUUGAAGUAGGAAUCGAAUACAAAAUUUCAGUUAUAGCGAGAGAUCUUGGUAUACCUUCACUGCAAUCUAGUUUAGAUUUGACAGUUAUAAUCGAAGAUGUGAAUGACAGAUCCCCAGUGUUUGAUCAUGUUGCUUACGAAACAUCAUUACUGGAAUCGGUUCCCGUUAACGAUAGAUUUUUCCUUCUUAGAGCUACAGACGCUGAUUAUGGAAAAAACAAAGAGCUAACAUAUACUUUAACGGUUGGUAAUAGCGAAAACAGAUUCGGUAUUUUUCCGGAUGGCUACUUGUACGUGAAAAGACCACUGGAUCGUGAAAAAAGAGAUUUUUACUCUCUCACGGUGACAGUUCAAGAUAAAGGAGAUAUCCCUCGCAGCUCCUCCGCUAACAUAAUAAUACAUAUAUUAGAUGAAAACGAUAAUAGCCCAACAUUUGAUAACAAAACUUUUGAAUUUUUCAUAGCUGAAAAUGAGCCUCCUGAUACUUAUGUCGGAAGAUUAUCUGCUGAAGAUUUAGAUAAAGGUCGAAAUGCUGAGCUUACGUACACAAUAACUAACACCCAAAGUGAUUUCAUAAUUAAUCCAAAAACAGGAUAUAUUCGGACACUGAGAUUUUUUGAUCGGGAACAAUUAGUUGAAGCAUCAGGCCAUGAUUAUUUGAUUAUGGAUGCUGUAGUCAUUGAUGGAGGGUUUACGAGACUGAGAGAUGAAGUAAAAAUUACCGUCUAUGUCACCGAUAUGAAUGACAACUUUCCUCAAUUUAUUCGUGUUCCUUACUAUGCCUCUGUGUCAGAGGGAUCUCCUACAGGCACCCAAGUCAUCCGAAUUGCAGCCGUGGAUGCUGAUGAUGGUGUAAACGGACUUCUGAAAUAUUCUAUAACUCAUGGUAAUACGCAUGGAGUGUUCGAUAUAGAUGAUAUUACUGGUCAAAUUACUGUAUCCAAGACUUUAGACAGAGAAACUACUAGUAGGUUUAUUUUGACUGUAAUGGCUCGAGAUUUGGGUGAAGACAUUUCGUUCAAUGCCUCGACAACAGUCAGCAUAGACAUUUUAGAUGAAAAUGACAAUGCUCCUGUAUUUGACAUUGCUACGACAAAGCUAAUCAACAUCAGCGAAGAUGCUCUAAUGGGUUCUAGAAUUGUUACUUUUUCUGCUACUGAUACCGACUUAGGGGUGAAUUCCUUAAUCACGUAUUCUGUAGCUUCUGGUAAUUUUAAAGAAACAUUUCGAAUCGAUGGAGCUUCUGGUUCACUAUAUUUAGCCAGACCUUUAGACUAUGAAGACAAGAAUAACUAUGUACUGAAUGUUUCUGCCAGUGAUGGUGGAACUCCUAGAUUGACUAGCACACUGCAGGUAGUUGUUAAGGUUCUAGAUGUAAAUGACAAUGCUCCUCGAUUUUCAAGCACAGCAGUAGUUAGACAAAUAGAAGAAAGCAUUCCUCCUAAUACACCUGUCGUGACUCUGACAGCACAAGAUCGUGAUUCAGGGGUAAAUGGGAAAAUUCUUUUUAACAUUUCUCAUCAAGAGCCACCAGGCAACCAUUUUGCAGUGCAACCAGAAACUGGAGUGCUUUAUACUACUAAAAAUAUUGAUAGGGAAUUUAGUGACACAUUUCGUUUGACAGUAGUUGCAACCGAUCUAGCAGAAGAUCCUUCUAUGCGUCUUUCAGUAGAAAAAAUUGUUACUAUUAUUGUGGAAGAUAUCAAUGACAAUCCUCCUAAAUUUGUAUCAAUGGAUGCUGGAGUUUUACCAGGAAAUGUGGAAAAAGGUUAUCGAAUCAUGACGUUGUCAGCCAGUGAUCCCGAUGCCAACAAUAAUGGUAUGGUGACAUAUGAAUUAGAAGGUGUGAAAAGUCAUGAAUCUCUUUUCAGUUUGGAUAAGUUUACUGGAGAUUUGUAUACAUCCCGUGCCAUUGAUCGUCCAGCUGUGACAUAUACUCUCACGGUCAAAGCGACUGACCAAGCUGUGAUUUCUGUCAGAAAAUCCUCUAGGAAUAAAGUUACAGUUAUAGGUACUUUGAGAGAAUCACACAGUGAAGGUCCUGUAUUUUUUGGAUCAGCAGAAUAUGCAAGUUCAGUUCUAGAAAAUAAACCAGUAGGAACGAGCGUUUUAAGUGUACGCGCAGAGUAUCCACAUGGAGAAUCUGAAAAUCAGGUGGAAUAUUUUCUGACUGCAGUGAAAAAUUCAGCUGGAGCACCAGUGAAUCGAGCUUUUGUUAUUAACAGAUUCAGUGGAGUUAUAUCAACAGCAUCUGUACUAGACCGUGAAUCAGGCACCAGGAUUUUUCACCUUGACGUAUUUGCAGUUGACACUGCUGCACAAAGCCCUAAGACUUCAAAAGCCAAGAACAACAUCUUAAGUUAUGCUUCCUUUGUUUCUUAA